AUGAUGAAAGUAAAAUAAAAUCAGCACUCUUAAUCUAAGCGAAACUUAGACUCUUAUUCUGCUGCAGUUCCCAAAUCUAAUCAAAGUUAUUAGUAAUCUCACAACCAUGACAUAAUUUCAAAUGCAAAGCCAAAGUAUAAAUAGCAAAAUGAAGUAAAUAUUAAAAUGAAUAAUGAGAGGAAAAAUACGCAAAUGUAAUACAGUCAAAGCUAUAAUAUGAUGGAGGAGACAGACUAAUAAAUGAAUAGCAAGCGAUUAAGUACUGAGAGCUAGAUCAUAUAUGACCAUUUAAAUUAGCAACAAUAAAAUAUGCAAAACCACAUUAAGAGUGUUGAUCUAUUCUACCAACAAUUUGAGAAUGAAGUAUAACAUAUAUUGAAAGAUUAUGGACAUCAUAAGAAGCGGCAGUCAAUGCAAGUAAAAAAGCAGUAGAUCUUAUAAUCUAGCCAAUAAUCCAAUAUUCAGCAGCAUAUAAAACAAUAGCCAUAGUCUCUAAGAUCUUCAGCAUCAGGUACUAUCUCAUCUUAAAAUAAGUAAAAGUCUCCAUAAAAAACUCCAAAAAGACAAUAGAAGUUAUAGAGUUCUGGAAAUUUAUCUACACAUAAAAAAUCCAAUUGCAAUAAUAAUGACCUUAAUAUAUAUGGUAUGGUGGACUAAGCUAUGCCCGAGCAAGAUAAAAGAUGCAGUUUCUAAAAACCGAUUCAUAGGCAUACUCAGAGCCACUAGAUUUAGCCUUAGUCAAAGUCAAAAGGAAAUUAUUAUAAUCUAGAGAAUUAGGAAAAUAUUUAGGAUUCUGAUGACGGAGAAUUCUCUGUUAGUACUAAUCCAUAUCUUAUGCCAAAUAAUAAAUCUUAAUCUAGACUUGAGUAGCAGCCACUAAAACCCAGAGGGCACUCGAAUUCUGUAUAUUAAGAUGGCUCUACUAAAGCUGGAUAGGUGGACUAAUACUAAAGCACUCCAACUUAAUAAAAAACUAAAAUACUAGAUUAAAAAGUAAAGCAAGGAUAAAAUUAGUACUAAGAUCAAGCAUAUCAGAUUAAAAACACUUCAAUUUAACAGCAUAAAAUGCUAAAUUAAAAUAGUAAUUUUUUCCAUUCUGGUUAUUAAGAAAUCCACUCCUUUAUCAAAGAAAAUGAAAAUAUGAUAGAAAAUGAAAUUUAGAGUAUGAAAAAUAAACACCCAUCAAGACAGCACAACCAUAGUAUGAUUGAACUUCCUUAUUAAAGCAAUCAAAACAAAUCAGUUGUAAAUCCUACUAUCAACAUUAAGGCUUUAAAUCCUAUCAAUAUCACAGAGAUAUCAGUUGCAAGUACGACCUUGAAUUCUAAUGACUAUGUUUCAAAAAGUUCUAAGCACUAAAAAUUGUUUUAAUUAGCUCUGUAAAAGCAAAAGCAACAAAGAUAAAGAGACUUGCAGAAUGAAAUCUUAGACAAAGAAUGCUAUUUUCAUCCAUAGAUAAAUAAAAAUUCCUCUUUAAUCUUAGAAAAAAGAAAAUAGUCUAUGGGUUCAAAUUAAUCUUACUCACCCCCGACUCAUAAACACAAAGUUGAUGUCUCAGUAGAGAAAGAUUUAAGCGUCAAGAGAGUAAAUAAAAAUCUUAAUUCCUAAUUAAAAACUAGAAAUAGCAGUAAUCAUACUAAGAUUAAGAGCUCUAGAUCUAAUAAAAGGGACAUUUCAAAUCAUGAUACCUCUAAUUAGGACAUUGGCUCUUAGAGAACUUCUAAAAAGCAAACUGAACUCUUAGUAAUUAGGAAAAUUCAAAGAUAAAUAGGCUAAGUUAUCAGUCAUAUUUAAGAGUCUCUUGGAAUAAAAGAUAUAAUCAACUAGCAAGGACUGCAUAAUAUUUUUUAUUACCUUGGGACUUUCUCUUCGAAGUUUGAUAGUUAUGAUCUACUUAAUUAGAACAGAAGAAAGUAAGAGCUAGCAUUUAUAGAAGAUCUUUGGAAUUUAGUAUUACCUGUCCAUCAACAGUAGAGCUAUGAUGUUAUUGCUGAUUAGUCUGAGUCUAAGAUUGGCAUUUAAAUUGAAAUACUCUAAAAACUGCUUAUGAUUCUAUAUUGCCCUCUUAACAAAAAUAAAGCUCUAGAAGACUUGACCUAUUUUAUUCCUGAGAUACGCAUUAAUUGUAUUCAGAGAAUCGAUACCUCAUAACUUGAUACCUAUUCUCUUUAUCUAGACCCCGAUUAUCUUAUCAACUAAGCAAGAUUGAAGUUGAAAAAUCAAUCAUUAAUUGAUUCAAAGAACUAAAAAGAAAUAGAUGAGCAGAGUAAUUGUACUUUUACUCCAUAAAUCAACCUUAAAUCAAUCGAGAUGGAUCAUAGACGAUUCAUAACUUGUGAAACUAAUUAUAGAUCUACAACGGAUUAGCAAUACUCAACAGGUACUAAUAUAAGAACCAUUUUAUGCUUUAUAGAGAAUGAUGAUAAUAGGUCCGGUAUGAAGAGAGAAGAGUUAUUGCAGAUUCAAGGAAAAAUUCAAUAAGAAAAAAUAAAGAAAAUGAAAGAGCUUAUGGAUCUCAGGGAAAUGUCACAACAUACCUUCAAGCCAUAGAUCAUUGAUAAGUCUAGAGAGCUUGCAAGGGAAUCUAAAUAUGGAAUUGAUACUAGAAAUUCGAUUAAUGGCUUGGAUUAGCAGUUUAGCUCUAGAAGAGGCUAAAAAUCUCCAUCUCUUUAGUAGUAUUUGGAGAGUAAGAACAAGGAGUGCACCUUUAGACCUCAAUCUUCACUUGGCCGAAAUUAGAAUUAGAUCUCAACUAAAAACUCUCAAUCUGUGAAGAAGAUAAAGGGCUUUGAAGAUGCGAUUCGCAAGAACAGAGAUAAAUCAAUAGACGCCAAAAAUUAUAAUUCGGUAAUAGAUAAGAAAAGAUCCUUUUCAAGAAAAUCUUCUGCUAGGAACUUCAAUGCCUCAUUGAACUAAUCUACUAUUUCUAAUCAAUCUAGCAAGCAACCGCCAAGUUUCAUAGACAGAGAGAUUAAGAAAAAGUAGCAUCUAUUUGUCUUAAGCUUAACUCUGAGCAAUAAGAAGUAAUAUUAAGUCAAAGUACCUAAAAAUGUCAAUCCCUCAAAGAUAGCUGACCUUUUUUGUUAUGAAAAUGGCUUGUCUGAAGAUGUGAAAUUAGAGUUAAAGGAAUUAUUGACUAAAUGCUUAGUAGAAUACAAGCAGCAAAGUGACUUCAAUAAGUAUAUUAGCCAGAACUGA